AGACAAAGUUUGAGUUUAUGUCUUUUAAUUAGAACAACAAAGAAAUGGUUAGGCCACGUAUUAAGUUACAUAGUCUAUGCAUUGGUCAUGCUGCCACACCUCGUGUUAGAGCAUGUUCUGCCUCUUCUUUUCGAUCCAAAUUUGCAAACAGAACUGAGUUUUCAAGCAACAUAGGCCAAGACUCUGCCAGAGAAAAAGGGGGUGAAAAUAGCAAUAAAGUAAUGGUGGUUGUGGAUUCUAGUUUUGAAGCAAAAGGAGCUCUUGAAUGGGCACUCUCACACACUAUUCAGAGUCAAGACACUGUUGUUCUUGUUCAUGUUGCCAGACCCCUCACUGAAGGUUCUGAGACUGAUGCAAAGUUUAAUGUGAAGGCCUAUCAACUUCUCCUAGAUAUGAAGAAUAUGUGUGAAACAAAGAAACCUGGGAUGGAGUUAAUGAUUUAUCAGGUGGUAGUGAAUAUAGUAUUGCUUGAAGGAGAAGAAAAGGGAGGUGCUAUAGUGCAAGAGGCAAAGCAAGAAAGGGUGUCUUUAUUGGUGGUGGGACAAAGAAAACGUUCAAUAUUGUGGUGCUUGAUGAGGAAGUGGACAAGAAAGAGAACAAAAAAUGGAGUUGCUGAGUAUUGUAUACAGAACUCACCUUGUAUGACUAUUGCAGUUAGGAGGAAGAAUAAGAAAAUUGGAGGCUAUUUGAUUACUACCAAACGCCAUAAAAACUUUUGGCUUUUGGCUUAAUUAGUAUUAAUUACUAUCAAUAAAAUGGGUUAUAUUAUAUAUCAAGUGUGUGAAUUUUCAAUGUGUUAAUUAAUGUCAUAAUUGUUGUACUUCAUAAUUAAACAACCUUGAAACUAAGGCACUAAAUUAACUAAUAAA